UAGGUACUUAACAAUUGACCCACUUGUUAUAUGUAUUCACGAUUGUAUUUCUCUUAGUUGAUUGUUGAGCAUUAUGUGAUAUGUGACCUGCAAUAUCGCAAUUAGUUACAUUAUCAAAGAUACCCCAUCCUACGGUACUUAUUUUCUUUCAAUUUCAUCACAGAUAAUAUCACGACUACGUCACACUGCAUGCACUUCCUUGCCAUUUGAAAGUCCGAUUGUUUAUAAUAUCAGCCGAAUCGAUGCCGAUCAAACGAUUCAGAUUGACAGAAAACCUUGCUUAUAAGUAAUCUCCCAGACGGGGGAUUUUAAAAAUAAUUAGUAACAGUUGCUCGUGUCUACUGGAUCAACAUGGAAAUUUGUAUAGUGAAAGCUGUCGUUAGUUUCGCUUUAAUUUGCCACACCCCAUGAAGUGCAAACGCAAACAUUUUUAUCGCUAUCAAUGCCACACGAUUCGUCUUUGCCGCAAGUGUGCACAGCUCGCUAACUGAAACAAAAAUGCGUAUACUAUCUAUUUAUCGCAUAAAUUCAUUCUGGGACUGGCGAAUUUGCGUCAGUGAGAUUAAGCUAUCUAUUGGGACGACAGUACCGAAGAUGAAAGCGUUACUUUUACUAGUUUUGAUAAUCGUUCAUGAAGGUUUCAGUGUUUCGAUCAACAGUGCCGACGAUUUCGGAGAGCAUAAUCAGAAUGCAACGGACAAUACGCAGCUUUUAUUGAGGAAGAAGAGGUUUUUACUUUUUCCGGUUGGUGCCGCUUUCUUGGUAACAGUAGCUUUUGCCAAAGCACUGGUAUUCAAAAGUCCUGGAGGAAAUUUUGCCAUCCUAGAGUUGGAUAUGUAUCACCCACUUCCGGACUACAAUAACCGUAUCACACAAUUCAAAAUUGGUGAAAUUUCUUGGCCACCGAAACCUGGGAAACCUGCUCUACCGCCAACCCCGCCUCCACCACCUACACUACCUCCGAAGCCAGCCCUCGCACCUGCUCCUUCACCAGUUAAAAACCAUCACGAUCAUCACUACGGACAUGAGCUAUCGGAAAUGGAAUUGCAGGACUACUUAAAAAGUCAUCCGGAUACGUGGGUUCCUCCAGGCUAUAGCAAAGACAGAUCGGAUAGGUUCGAAUCUGGUACCUACAAUCCGUAUCCACAAAACUAUCCACAAAGCCAGGCAACAAAAUACAUUCCAUUCGAGAGAACCAUGUGGGAUUUGGAGACGAACCAGCCACCGGCUGAAAGCCUCGAUAAUAAAUAUAAUAAUAACAUGUGGGAUUAUAGUUCAUCGAGUUCGUACCGCAUGAAAAGAUCCGAUGAUUCCGUCACUGAUUACAACAUUAAGGAAGAAGAAGACCGAUACAAUAUUAGCCAUCAUCGCAAUUGGGAACAUUUCUAUCACUAUCGGGAAAAGCGGGACCUAUACCAUACACUGGAGCAUGCCCUUGGUGCAGAAAAUCGAUUCCAGAUGAAAUCCUGUAUCAUGCGAGCCAUAUGUGAGGCACGAAGCCUUCUUUUUGCACCGGGUAAAUCAAUGAUAAUGGACCUUCUAAGGAUCAUGUUCAGCGUUCCGUUGAAGGAUGAUCUUCAAGAUGAAUACAGUAAGGCGAUGAGAGACGAAAAUAUGGAUUGCCAUGAAGUUUACGGAAAGCAGUGCUCUAUCAGUAUAUUGUAUUUGCUACUGUUUGGAAAAUUUGUCCCCUAAUGAUCGUGAGUAAAUAAAUUGAAAACAUAUUA